AAUGUGAUCAGAUAAACAGACGAACACAGGAAUGAGGCCGCCGAGUGACCGGACAUACUAUCUGUCGUGACUCAACCAUUCCGCAAUUUUAGCCCUUGAAUCUAUUAAAUGCUUUAUUUUUUCACGUUAUUGAAGCUGGAAUUGUAAAUACUAUAGCAGGAUGACAUCAUUAAGAACUGUGGUGAUUGCAAUGGACGGCAGCGUGCAUUCUGAAUAUGCAUUCGAAUGGUACGAGAAAGAGUUCAGACGAGCUGGGGAUCACGUGGUCAUUGUUCACUGUUCAGAAAGACAUGAAGCGUUCCACGGAGCGAUGGGGACGGCGGACAUCCAGUCAGUCUGUAACAUUUUAUCACAAGAGGAGGAAACGGAAAACAAAUUCAAAACAGAUAUAGAAAAUAAACUCAAAGCCCACGGGAUUAACGGAAGUGUAAAAACACACUAUGGAAAACCGGGUGAGACCAUAAUUCAACUCGCAAACGAAGCACAAGCAAGCAACAUCAUAAUCGGAAGUCGUGGACACGGGAAGUUACGUCGAACGCUUCUAGGCAGCGUCAGUGAUUACGUAGUACACCAUUCGGAAGUACCUGUCACAGUGUGUCGUCACAAACACUUCACAGAUCAUGCGCAUAAAUGAAAGAGCGGAGACUGGUUGAGGCAUAACCGCUUACGGAUCAGAAACUGUGAAAUAAAGCUUCCCAGAAUGCCAUAUUAAGCGUUCUGUUUGUUUGCUAACAGUAUGUACCUGUAUGCAUCUGUGAUGAAUUAUAUUCUGAAUUCCUACUGUAUAAAGCCACAGGCUAGAUAGUAUUGCAAUGUCUAUCAAUAUUGACUGCAUGGUGUUUUUGUCCAACCUACAGAAGAUGUAGAAUUUCGCAGAAAACCAUUAAUAUAUUGUACAUUUAUUUGCAUUCCAUUACUUUUAAACACUUUUCUGUCAUGAUGUUUAUAAUCGUUUGUCACUUUACAAGAAACACAUAUAGGAAUUGUUUUACUGUCGGUUCUAUUCUGAUAGCACACUGAAUUGAACAUGCAUGCUCUUUACGAUACCAAACAUUUUUUAAAAUUGUCAAAUCCAA